ACCCUUUGUUUUCACUUUUAAAAUUUCCUGGCGAAGUUUCAAAUGGAAUACCAAUAUAUGACAAAUAUUUGGUCUCGAUUUUUAAUAAAUUUGCCAUUUAAAUGAAGUCAGUAAGUUCAUAAUAAGAUUGUCGUCUGCGACUUACGAUUGAUUGCAGAUUUCAAAAUGGGAUAUGAUACAGAUAGGUUCACGUCUGCUAUAAAUGAUGCUCUCACGUGCUGCAUAUGCCGUGACGUAUUAGAAGAUCCGGUUCAAGCUCCGUGUGAACACGCGUACUGCAGAACCUGCAUAGAGGCGUGGUUAGUGCACGAGACAACGUGUCCCGAAGACAGGAGGCCAUUGUCUUAUUCAGGACUUCGUCCUCUUUUCCGCUACAUGAAAAAUGACUUGAAUCGUCUGCAACUUAAAUGCAAAAACGAGGCUUACGGAUGUGAAAGCAUUGUUUCUCUUGAAACGCUUGAGGCGCACGAGAGAGAUUGUAUUUUCGACAGACACAAGUGUCCAAAUGACAGAUGUUCUUUCUUUGCAAAUCGGCAGGAAGUUGAAAGUCACGUGAAAAGAUGUGAAUAUGGUCGAAAGGAAUGUCCAAAUGGAUGUGGAAUGCUUCUUGCUAGGCCCGUUGAUCUUGAUCAUAACUGUAUCCAAGAACUGAAAACAUGCCUAGAAGUAUUACGAUCAGAGUUUGCUUGCAAGUUUGACGAUCAAAGGCAAGAUAUUGAAUUGCGAUUGGAUACUCAGAGAAAUCACAUGAUCCAAAGAGAGGCGGGGCUUCAGAGUCAAAUGGACGCUUUGAAAACGGAGAAUUCUCGGCUGGAACUGAAAGUGAAAUCGCUUAUGGAUAUUGAAUUAGAAAGGCGUCAGGAUAUUGAAAAGCUGAAACUGGAAAAUAAAGAGCUAACAGAGUUAUUGAGAAAAACUUCAGCAAUGUCGGAACUUCGAGCUCCAAGAAAACUACAACGCAGCCUAACUUUUAGAGGAAAAGAAUCACAUGUUUAAGUGUGACUUCUUUCAAGACCAUACAAAAAUUUCGCCAAUUAUUUCUAGGGUAAUUCGAAAAUAAGUCACACUAUGCAUGGAUACUGUAAACUUAUUUUGAAUCAGUUUAUUCAUGUACAUUUUUCAUUGCAGUGUGAUGAAAUGAUUCCAUUAUUUUUACCUCUGUUGUAAAUACUUCGUAACUGAUACACAUUUUGCAAUUUUUGUGUAUUAUAAUGACAAAUUUCAAAUUUUGAAAGACAACAAUUUUAUAGAUGCAUGACACAGGAAAUAAUUGUACCUGUGUGUAGUUAGGGCCUGUAUACAUCUCCGCUUCUAAUUUGUUUGCAUAUUCACUAACUUUGAAUUUUAUUUCUAACCGGAGAACUGAAAAAAGAUACACAUUUAUAAAUCAUGUAUAGAAUGAAUUCUGAAUGGGCAUUAUUGCAUGACUUUUGGAUGUAUGGGGAAUAUGUUAUUCCAAAAUGACAAAGGAUAUAAAAAGGAUUUUAUAUCCAGAUUUUUGCCAGAAAAAAUAAAUGUACGUGUAUGUACUUGGCAACUAGGCAACUGUAAGGUUCUAUUUCUUCAUUCAUAUUUUUAUAUCUGUUAAAUACAGUGAUAGUACAUUUUAUUACAAUAGCAAUUAUAAUUUAUAUGAAAACUUGUUUAGUAGAAUUUAGACAAAUGUGGCAUUAUCUACCCAGUGAUAUUUCCAGUUAUUUUGUUAUG